AUGCAGUAACCAUGGCGACAGGCAAGACCGACCAAAGAGACGACGACGAUAACGCAAAACUCAUAAUCAUACCGGUUAUUCUGGCUUCGGUGUUCUUUGCAUUGACUGUGCUGUUGCUGUUGUUUUGUGGGAUCAGGAUCAACCAACAGCGCGUUGAACAGGAGUCAAUCAAACUCCAACAACUUCAAAAGAAAUCCGGAUCCGGAACUGAUUCUCGAAAAUGCAACAACAAUAUUAUCACCAACAUACAUUCCCAACAAAUUGACGAAACAUAUGCUGAAAUUGGUCCCAUGCUCCCACUCAGAAACCCCAACAUGAAACCCCAAGAAGAACAAAGAUACGAAACCCCAAUGCGUAUGCAAUAUGGUCGAAACCAAGAUAUUAUACACAGCGAAGCUAAUUUGCAAUCAACGACCCCAAACAAAGUUUAUAAAAACGCAGAAGAAAAUUCCCGCCAAAAUGCUGCGGAAGAUGACAUUUCCCGCCAAAAUGGCUCUGAAAUUCCGGGAGAGAAUUUGGCAGGACCAUAUACUGUAAUGAAUGGUAGCACAUAUGAACUGAACACAGUUAAUAAUGUUCUGUAUAAUAUGUGACCCGAACACUGAAAAAAUGAUGUCAUCAGGAAAUGACGUAUGUGACACAUAGAAUUGAUUUAACAGUUUGAGAACGCUUCUAUACCAUGAAACAUUAUAUUUUGAUGUUUACUGCUAUCAGCGAAUAUUUGAAACGAGAUAUAAUAAAAUGCAGAGGAAAAUUCCAGCCAAACUGUUACAGGGGUUGACUUCUCCCGCUAAAAUUGCUUUGAAAUUCCGGGCGAGAAUUUGGCGGGAUCACAUACGAAUGGUAGCACAUAUGAACUGAAGACAAUGAAUACUAUUUUGUAUAAUAUGUAACCCGAACACUGUAAACUUGACGUCAUAAGUGAAUGACGUAUUUGACCCAUGGAACUGAUAGAACAGUGUGACGCCGCUUUUAUAUUAUGUUACAUUAUAUUUUGAUAUUUUCUGCAACAAGCGAUGACGUAAAACGAGAUGCAAGAAAAUACGCCAAAAUAAUACGGGCGAUGACAUUUCCCGCCAAAAUGGCUCUGAAAUUCCGAGCGAGAUCUUGGCGGGGUCAUAUACUGUAAUGAAUGGUAGCACAUAUGAACUGAACACAGUUAAUAUUGUUUUGUAUAUUAUGUAACCAGAACUUUGUAAACAUGACGUCAUCAGUGAAUGAUGUGUGUGACACUUGAAACUGAUAGAACAGUGUGACGCCGCUUUUAUAUUAUGUUACAUUAUAUUUUGAUAUUUUCUGCAACAAGCGAUGACGUAAAACUAGAGGCAAGAAAAUACGCCAAAAUAAUACGGGCGAUGACAUUUCCCGCCAAAAUGGCUCUGAAAUUUCGAGCGAGAUCUUGGCGGGGCCAUAUACUGUAAUGAAUGGUAGCACAUAUGAACUGAACACAGUUAAUAUUGUUUUGUAUAAUAUGUAACCAGAACUUUGUAAACAUGACGUCAUCAGUAAAUGAUGAAAAUAAAAUUUGGCGGGACCAUACACUAUGAUGAAUGGUAGCACAUAUAUGAACUGAACACAGUUAAUACUGUUUUGCAUAGUAUGUAAUUCUGACAACUGUAACAAUAAAAGACCGAAAUGAACUUAUCAGUGAGUGACGCAUAUAUGACAACUGAAUCUUAGACGCUUCUGUACCAUAUUACAGUAGUUAGCCUUGCAAUGCAGGCCACCCACGAACACUUUUUUUGUGUAUUUUGAUGUUCGUGUAGUUUUUAUUUGUUCAGUUUUCUAUUCAAA